GCCAACGAAUCAAAUGGACGAGUCAAGUCUACAGGAGAACACUCCAUUGUUACCAGAAAGUGAAUCUUUGGAUACUAGUAAGCCUGGACAGCUUUGUGGAAUAUCACCUUUGGCAGUUGGUGAUCAACGGCUGCAGCGUCAAAUAGGCUGGAUCACCGCUUCACUCAUUAAUGUGAGCUACAUGAUUGGAGGUGGUAUAUUUGCAAGUCCAGCAUUAACACUAUCGCUUGUUGGCUCUGGUGGUAUGAAUAUCGUUGUUUGGGUCUUUGCAUCGUUAAUCGCGCUUACGGGCGUCGCCACUUAUGCCGAGCUUGGUACCAUGCUCCCCAGAAGUGGAGGGGAAAAGGAAUAUCUGGCAUAUAUCUACCGAAAGCCCAAGCUUUUACUUCCAUAUGUAUUUGCAUUUUACGAAAUAAUAGUCAUCGCAGCUGGUAUUGCGUCGCAAUCUACGGUCUUUGGGCGGUACUUGAAUGUUGCUCUGUUCGGCAUGGAAGCUUCAACUCCACUUCUUGAUCGCGUGUGGGCAGUGUUAGUGGCUACUCUUUUGCAUCUUGUCAAUAUAUGGUCCGUGAACGCAACGCUGAAGUCUAUGGUAGCACUAACGGCCAUCAAGAUCUCAGUCCUACUGUUAAUUAUCCUGACUGGCGUCUUGACGCUUUGUGGGCUACUUCCUUCAGAUGUCAAUUUUUUAGAAAAUAUUUCCUUCAACGGUACAUCGACAUCCAUUGCGCCGUAUGCGUCUGCCUUUUAUUAUUGUAUGCAUGGCUAUUCCGGCUUCAAUGCCAUACAAUACUCUCUGGAUGAAGUUAAGGAUCCCAUCAAGAAUUUGCCAAAAAUAGCCGAAAGUGCCUUAGGGCUGACUGCAAUUCUAUAUGUAUUAGCCAUUGUGUCUUACAUGACGGUAUUAUCAGUGGAAGACAUUAAGAAAUCAGAAUUGACUGUUGCCGCCAGCUUCUUUACAAAAGUUUUUGGAGAUGGUUUUUCAUCACGAGUGCUUCCUGUAUUAGUUGGAUUAAGUGCUGUGGGAUGCACUGCAUCGUUAACAUUUUCAGGAGGUCGACUCAUAUUAGAAACAGCACGAGAUGGCUUGAUUCCAUACGGUCAAACUAUUGGAUAUGUGAGCCCAAAAUACAAAUCACCCAUUAACGCAAUGGUGCUGCAGUAUGUUCUCGUCGUCGUCUAUCUUAUUGCAACGCCAGGAGCGGUGUAUCAAUUCAUCAUUGCAUUCGCCUCAUGGCCUGCCUACAUCUUCUUCCUCUUGAUUGGUGUUGGCGUAUUUAUCCUACGACAGCGUGAACCUGCGCUAAAACGACCUUACAAAGCAUAUUCCAGUUUUGUUGUUAUCUUCAUAAUCUUCUCGAUUUAUGAAAUUUUGUUUGUUUUCGUGCCGGUGCCCAGUGAAGAUUAUCCAUAUUGGUCACCAUAUGCCGCUGCAAUAGUAACCAUGUUAGCGAGCGUCGGAUUAUGGUAUUAUCAAGUUAUCGUGCUUGAUAGCCCAUCAAACUCGUAUAACAAACAGAUUUUAAAUCAAGGGCGUGAGGCAUUGGCUCGUGAAGUAUACGCCUGAGAAUGCAUAUGCCCUUGCCACCGUGUAUUUAUAUGGGGUUUUCUCCACAUUUUCAAUGCCUGGUGCUACCCGAAGGACAUAGCUUGUCCCCAUCCUGACUCGUUUCCGUAACAGCAGAUUAAAUACUGAUUUAAAAUGAUUUAUACACACAAUGAAAGGCUUUUGUUUUUCAUAAAGCAAA